AUGCGGCGCAUUUCCUUCCCCAGCUUGUUUGACCUCGUCCCCCGCGCCGCGGACAUGCGAUCAUUAUGUGUCUCUAAUCAUACACUCAGAGUAUGGCGGCGACGAUUACUAGUCUCUGUUCUCAAUGGCCACCGACGCGCAUACAAUGUCGCCGUGCUCGGCGGCGGCAUCACCGGCUUGAGCGCCGCGUGGAUGAUCACACACCACCCCUCCUGCACCUCGGUCACUCUCUACGAGAAGUCAUCGCGCCUGGGGGGUUGGAUGGAUAGUGAAACCAUUCCUGUGCCCGGCGGAAAGGUGGUGUUCGAGUAUGGUCCGAGAACACUCCGAGGCGCGUCGCCGACCUCGAAACCUCUCCUCAACAUGAUCGCGAGGCUAGGCCUGUCCGCUGAAGAUUUCAUCAUCACCCCGAAAGACCAUCCCGCCGCCGUCAAUCGCUAUAUAUACUACCCAGACCAUCUGGUUCGCCUUCCCACACCUAUGCCCGGAGCCGGCUUAAAAAGCAACAUAUUCAACCUCGUUCAAACUGUGGCAGACGAGCCAUUGUUCAAGUCGUUUCUUUCGGGCGUGUUAUCGGACCUGACCACGCCACCGCGAGACCCAGCGGAGUGGACAAGGGACGAAUCCAUGGCCAGAUUCAUUUCUCGCCGAUUCAACUCCACCAUUGCAGAUAAUCUCCUCUCCGCGGUCAUGCAUGGCAUCUAUGCUGGUGAUAUCGACCGAUUGAGCGCCCAGGCUCUGCUGGGCGGACAGCGCAACCUCGAGGCGCAUGGCGGGGUCCUGGCCGGUCUUUUCAAAUUAGCCAUCGGUCACCGGAAGAUUGUGCAAAUAGAUGAUUAUUUGGCAUCUAUAUCCAUGGGCGACGACCUUCUCGGGACUACUUCCUCCAUGGGCUCGGAUCUGGCACAACGCUUGGGCAAGGCUAGCACGUUCGCAUUCAAGAACGGCAAUAGCAGACUGGUCGAUGCCUUGGAAGCCUCCUUGAAGAAAUCUCCCAAGGCCAAGGUGGUUAAAAGCGCAGAGAUCACCUCUCUCCAGAAGAAACCCAAUAGUCGCCAAAUCAACAUCACAUCUCAAGCAGACGGCCACCGAACCUUUGAGCGUGUCAUUGCCACAAUACCAGCGCCUGAGUUGACUCGGCUCUUGGCUUCAAGUAACCACUCCCAGGGAUACGCCCCCACCCAGACGAUCAAACGACUUGAGAAACAAAACUACGCCACCACGGUGAGGGUUGUGAAUCUAUAUUACGAGAAUCCCUCUCUACUGCCCCCGGGAAUCAAUGGUUUCGGCUACCUGAUCCCCCGCUCCAUUCCCUUCGACCAAAACCCAGAGUGCGGACUUGGAGUGAUCUUUUCCGCCGGUGUCGCCAACGACGGCAGUCCACUGGGCACGCAGCUCACCGUGAUGUUCGGCGGCCACUACUGGGACGGCUGGAAGGACAGCGACUACCCAGAUCACGACUCCGCCGUCGAAAUGGCUCGGACCAUGCUGGAGAGACACUUGGGAAUCAAGGAGAAACCACUCAUCACGAGCAGUAAGCUGCAAAAGAAUGCUAUCCCGCAGUAUACCGUCGGCCACCUGGACCGCAUGUAUCUGCUGUCCAAAACAGUGCGCGACGAGUGGGACAAGCGCCUCACCCUUGCAGGGAACUGGUACAACGGUGUCGGCGUGCCUGCCUGUGUCAAGCAGGGCGUUCUGGCCGCACAAUACGGCACCCGUGCAGUUUGGCAUGACCACAACAAUAAUGACCCGUUGAGGAGAUAUGGCACCCACAACUGGGAACUCGAAGGCGGCCUUGUUAUGCCUCCCAUUCGACUUGAUGAGUGGGACAACAGCGAGAUGGCUACCUAG